AUGUCUGAUUCGGGGCGGAGAUCUGCGAGCCUCGAGGCUCCCGAGCGGGAAGGCAUCAAAGACCCCGGUGCUCAUGAGCUCACCUCUGACUCUGACGACCACUUUUCUGACGCCCAGUCUGCUCCUGAAGACGCCGCCGCCGUAGCCACUUCGCCCGUGCCCAAGACCAGGGUGGAAAAGGUGGACGACGAACCAUCGUACGGUGAAGUGCCGGGCACAGAAGCCUACGAGAAGCGCAGUGGCGAUGCCGUUCCCGACGAGAUCGCCGUCAUUCCUGACGAGGAAACCUCUUCAGAGUCUCAACCGGCCAAUGACUCGACCGCACCUGGAGGCCAACCCAUCCCAAAGACUGUAGUCGACGAGGCGCCCGACGAGGAGGGCGCAAAGACACAUCAUUUCCACGAGGAUCUACACAAAGCAGAUGCCGCUCCAGACUAUGUGAGAAAGGCAGACGGUACGGGCGAGGCCAAUACUCUACCCGCCGACCUAGAAACUACUGGAGAAGCAACCGAUGAAGCGCCUGAGUCUCCUGCUCUCAAGUCGCCAACUAAACACCGGAGGAAAUCGUCAGCCACAAGAUCAAUGGUUGACGCAGACGAGCCAGGGGGUAACGAUGAUGAUGAUGCCGAUGAACCAGAUGACGAUGGGUUCGGUGAUGACUUUGACGAUUUUGAAGAGGGCGAUGAGGAUGCAGAUUUUGAAGACUUUGGCGAUGGAUUUCAAGAGGCCGAGGCAGAGACGACAGCACCUCCACCGGUAGCUGCUCCGCCUCCGGUCGCUACACCUUCGUUUGUAUGUAUCACCGUAUACUUUGCUUCAAAGUCCGUCAAGACUAAUCAUAUUGUUCCACAGCCCAUAUUAGACCUGGACGGUCUCGACUCUGAAGAUAUAUUGUCUGCUACAGAGCCUUAUCUGGACGCAAUUUUCCCCCCUGAUCUAGCGGAUCUACCUGUACUACCUUCACCUCCCAAGGAGAACCCCAUAUUCUUUAAUCCACGAAGCGCUUCUUUGUGGUCACAACUCGCAGCACCCCCGCCACUGCAACCCCCGGACUGGAUCCGAUCACGCAUACGUCGAUUAUUUCUAGUAUCCUUGGGCGUACCCGUUGACUUGGAUGAGAUAUUGCCAGCGUCCAAGCAGAAAAAGCUUGUUCUUCCUUCGCUUCACCGUGUGACAUCCAAUGGUUCGCUGCGAACCUCGUCCGAGUCCCGCUCAGUUUCACGACUACGAAAGACAGGGGCAAACGAUUCAACCGUGUCACUCGACUCUCAAGGCAAAGAGAAGCCCCGGUCUUCGUCAAAGAAAAGAAAGGGCCCAGGUCCGGAACCAGCUCUUGAUCUCGUGGCGGCAAAACAGCUUUGUACCACAACUGACGAGGCACUCGGUGGCAUGACUGACGAGGAACUCAAGGGACACGUCAAACGCCUGGAGGAAAUGGAGGGUCUAGCCAAGGAAUUGCUGGAGUAUUGGCAAAAGAGGACAGAUGAAAAGAUUGGAGAUAGGGAAGCAUUCGAAGGUGUGAUAGAGAACCUAGUGAAGCAUGCUCGCAAGACGAGAAAGUAG